UUAUGUCGUUCCGCUUUAGUACCAUUAAAUAACAGUGCGUUGACGGUUUUCGGAGGCUGCUUGUUUGGUUUGCUCUAAUACAUUAAUUUCAUUCCUCAUAUUUAUUAUUUAAUCUUUAUUCGCCGCCAUGCCCGCCGUCCUCUUUCCCGCCCUUACUUUCGUGCUCUUGUCUCUUCCCGCCGCGGAGCUCGCGCGCAGAGAUGUCCUCGAGCUCGGAUACGCGGACUUUGACUACCUGGCAACAGAGCACGAGACCAUGCUGGUGAAAUUCUACGCUCCAUGGUGUGGUCAUUGUAAGAAAUUAGCUCCAGAAUUUGACAAGGCAGCAACCAAACUGAAGGGAAUCGUCCAAUUAGCAAAGGUGGACUGUACAACAAACACAGAGAUAUGUGGUCAUUUUGGCGUGUCUGGGUAUCCUACCCUAAAGAUCUUCAGGAACGGCAGAGACUCUGCCCCCUAUGAUGGGCCACGCACUGCAGAUGGGAUCUACCACUACAUGAAGAAGCAGUCUGGUCCAGACUCUGUCCAUUUGAAGACUGAUGAAGACCUUCUGGCCUUCAUCAGCCACUUUGAUGCCAGCAUCGUAGGUGUCUUCUCAGGUGAACAGAGUUCUCGGAUGGCUGAGUUUCUGAAGGCUGCAGGUUUACUGAGGGAGCAGUUCCGAUUUGCCCACGUCACAGACCUGAAGCUGGGGGAGAAAUAUGGGGCAGACACUGAGAGCGUGUUGCUGUUCAGACCUCCCAGACUGGCCAACAAAUUUGAGGAUGGAGUCGUCAUCUUUAGCGAUUACUUGACCAUUGGAUCCCUGCGACGCUUCAUCAGAGACCACAUUUACGGAAUGUGCCCUCACAUGACUCUUGCAAACAAAGACCAGUUGCGGGUUCGUGACCUGCUCACAGUCUAUUAUGACCUUGACUAUCAGCAUAACGCCAGAGGCUCAAACUACUGGAGGAACAGGGCAAUGAAGGUGGCAUCAAAGUAUGUUGGACGGGGCUUGACCUUCUCAGUAGCCAAUAAGAAAGACUUCCUCAAUGAGCUAGAGGACGACUUUGGACUCAGUGUAACAGAUGGAGGAGAGCUUCCGAUUGUUACCAUAAAGACAAAACUGGGUCACAAGUACACAAUGAGGGAAGAGUUCACGAGGGAUAGUCUGUCUUUGGAGAGGUUUUUGGACAAGUACUUUGCAGGUCAUCUCAAACGUUAUAUCAAAUCUGAGCCGAUUCCAGAGAAAAACAGUGGUGUUGUGAAGGUGGUGGUGGCCGAGUCCUUUGAAGAUAUUGUCAAUGAUCCACAGAAAGAUGUGCUGAUUGAGUUUUACUCACCAUUCUGUCCACACUGCAAGAAACUGGAGCCAGUUUACAGAGAGCUGGCUGACACGUUAUAUGCUGAUCCACAUGUCGUCAUUGCUAAAAUGAACGCCGUUGAUAAUGACAUUCCGCUGGGCUACGACAUCCAGGGGUAUCCGACCAUUUACUUUCUUCCUGCUGGCAGAAAGGAUGAGCCAAUACGUUAUGAGGGAGGUCGAGAGGUCAAAGAGUUCCUGAAGUUUCUGAAGGAACAUGCGACCCGCAGCCUGAUGCUGAGCAGAUCAAAGGAUGAGCUCUGAUAAAUCCACCAAUCACAGCUAGCCAGCUGUUCUCCAUGACGACAGACACAUGCUGACUUCAACAGAUCGAGAUGGACCAGGGGCCUUGUCUACAACGACUUGUGUGGGUUUCUUACUGAAACAGGAUGUACGCCAAAACCCAGAACUGGCGUAAGCAG